AUGGGCUGCGCGCCCUCGCACGACGCCUUCAAGGCCACCGCGGCCGCCGCGGCCAGGGAGACGCUGCGACGGGCCACGACGGGGGCCGCCGCUUCCUCGUCCUCCGCGUUCUCGCGGCGGCCGCGGGGCCCCGGGGCGGUGUGCCGGCAGCGGGUGGCGCUGAUCCGGGCCGCGGCGGACAGGCGCUUCGCGCUGGCGGCGGCGCACGCGGCCUACUUCCGCUCGCUCGCCGCCGUGGGCGGCGCGCUGCGGCGCUUCGCGGCGGCCGCGCUCCUCCCCGCCACCCCCGACCCCGCCGCCUCGCCCGUGCUCACCCUCCCGCCGUCCCCCGACCCCAAGCCGCAGCAGCCCGCCGUCGCCGCCUCCUCCGCCGCCGCUGCGUCGAGCCUCCCGCCGUCCCCGGCCUCCUCCUCCUCCACCGUCUCGCCCUUCUCCCACUCCCUCUCCGACGACAACGACACCGCAGACUCCGACGACGACGAGCACCUCCACGCGCUCGACCACUCCCGGCGCGCCCGUCUCCGCGGGCACGCGCUGCCCCCGGCGACGACGCAGCAGCACCGCAACUACAUGAGGAACUCCGCCACCGUGCCCACGGUGGUCUACGAGGACCCCUACGCCGAGUACGCCGAGGGCGCGGCCAGCUACGGCUACGGGCCCGCGUACACGUACGGCCCCUACGGCGAGCCGGUCGCGGAGGAGGCGAGGCCGCGCCGCGCGCCGCCCACGCCGCCGCCCCCAGAGGCCUCGCCGUGGGACUUCUUAGACAUCUUCACGCCCACGCCCUAUGACCAGUUCCCGGAGGACUACCCGCGCGGCAUGCCCGGCGAGGCCGCCGACGGGAAUCGGAAUCUGCCCACCAGCAGCCCCAAUUACGCCAAUUACGCCGAGCUGAGGAGGAUGGAGGGGAUCCCGGAGCUUGAGGACGAGGCUGAGCUGGGGCCAGCAAAACCAUCAACUUCAGCCGUGGUUGAAGAUCAGAGUGUGAAGGGGAAGAGACCAGCUCCUGGUCCUACCACCAAUGCCGGGCCCAAGGGCGAGUCCUCUGAGGUGAAGCCAAAGAGCAAGGGAUCAUCUGGUGCCAAUGCCGAGGCGGAUAAGCCGCUGUCAAGGAACGAUUCGGUGCCGAGCAAUGCCGGCUCCAGCUCGAACAGCAAGAAAGGGGGCAGGACCGAUGCAGUGAGCUUGAAGGGUGCUAACUUUGGUGACAUUGCUGGCGGCAACUCCUCCGAUAAGAAGAAGAAGACGGAUGUGCCAUUUGGUGAGAAUGGUGGCGACAUUGUUGGCGGCAGCUCCAAUGGGAAGAAGAAGGGUGCUGCGACUGAUGAGGCCGUGUCGAUUGUCGGUGCAGAUGGCGCUGGGGGAAGCCACGGCAAGUCAGUGCAGUCGGCCAUGACAUUGAACAGCGAGUCCUUCUCGCCAUUGCACAAUGGGGAGAGAGAUGUCGUGGAGGCGAUGGAGGAGGUCAAGGAGCGAUUCGAGGAGGCGCUGCAUUGCGGCGAUGAGGUCUCCAGGAUGCUCGAGGUGGGGAAGGUGCCUCACCGGACGGCGCCUAAAGUUCUUAGAUAUUUCUCUUCCAGGGUGUUGGAGCCUAUGUCGCUUAGUGUGCCGUCCUCUUCUUACUGCGUUCCAAAGCGGGAAAGGUGCUCAAGGUUGCCGAGCGCUUCAGCUUCAUCGGCCAAUGGUAGAGAAAAUCGCAACGGAAGCCUCUGUUCAACCCUGGAGAAGCUCUGUGUAUGGGAAAAGAAGCUAUAUCAGGAGGUUAAGGAUGAAGAGAAGCUGAGGGCUCUGUAUGAAAAGAAGUACAACAGGCUGAAGUCACUAGACGAACAAGGGGCAGAGCCGGAUGCGAUAGAGACAGCCAGAUCGUCGGUGCGGGACUUGCGGUCGAAGAUCACCAUCAACAUCAAAACAGCCAAGGCCUUCUCGUCGAAGAUCGAGAAGAUUCGGGACGAGGAACUGUACCCUCAACUUGUUGAUCUUAUUCAAGGAUUGCGAAGGAUGUGGAAGGCAGUUCUGGAAUGCCAUGAGAAGCAGCUGUCGGCCAUAAGGGACAGCAGGCUGCACCUGCUCAAGGCGAGGACCGUGAGCCAGUCCGCCGCCGCCACAUUGGCCACGCUGGAGCUGGAGAGGGAGCUCACGAAAUGGUACCGCUGCUUCAACAAGUGGACCAGCUCGCAGAGGUCUUAUGUGGAGGCACUGAAUGGAUGGCUGAGGAGAUGGUUCCCCGAGGUGCCGGACGAGCAAGACGCGCCAGACGGCGCCCCGCCUUUCUCCCCGGGCAAGCUCGGCGCGCGGCCGAUAUUCGUCGUGUCGAACGACUGGUUCCGGGCCAUCGAUCUGGUGCCCAAGAGCGACGCGCUGAAGUCGAUCGACUACUUCUACAAGCUAGUCCACGAGCUCAGGAAGAGGCAGGAGGACGAGGACCGGCAGAAGAGGAAGGUCGACCACGCCUCCAGGGACUACAACAAAAGGCGGGAGGCCCUGCAGCGAGAGCUCGGCCCGGGCACCGGCACCGACAUGGUCGCGCUCCCGGAGAACAGUGGUGAUCACACCGUUGAUCUGCACAAGAUGAGGAGGAAACUGGACAACGAGAUGGCCAAGCACGACGAGGUGGUGAGGCAUGUCCAUUUUGCGGCCUCGGCCACUCUGCCGGUCGGCUUCGUCCCCGCGCUGGAGCAGAUCGUCGGCUUCUUCCAUGGCAACCUGCAGGUCUACGCGCGCAUCAGGACCAAUGGCGCUGGAGCUCGCGGGCCGCCUACAGAUGAUGGAUCUGAAUCUGAGGUUCGUCGUCGGCCACAUCUUGGCUGAUGGCAUGUUUUUGCAGAGGGUUUUGUGACUCGAGGUGGUAGAGGAGGGGGUAGUGCUGGAGAUUUUUGUGUGUACAUAGAUCAUUGGUCCAUUCUGGGGUUUAGGCCUUAGUUCCUACGAACGAUUAUGGUGGUACUCCCUCUGUCCGGAAAUACUUGUCAUCAAAAUGGAUAAAAGGGAAUAUAUCUAGACGUAUUUUAGUUUUAGAUACAUCUCUUUUUAUCCAUUUUGAUGACAAGUAUUUUCGGACGGAGGGAGUAGAUUAGAUAGAAUGCUGGUGUUUUGCAGAGGUUUUUACUGAUGGUGCCUGACUUACCCAUUGCUCAGUAGAGGGGAGCUGCAAAUGUUUCAGUGAUGCUCCAAUUAAUACAUGUACAUCGUUACAUGAUACUUCAUCAACUUACUAAUCGACCUUCAUUUCA